CAGCAAAGAUGGUGUUGGCGCAAUUGGGAGGGAGCAUCUCGCGUGCUCUCCAGCAGAUGAGCAAUGCGACCGUAAUCGACGAGAAGGUCCUGAACGAGUGCCUCAACGAGAUCACUCGCGCCCUGCUUCAAUCCGAUGUUCAAUUCAAGCUCGUCCGCGACAUGCAGACCAAUAUCAAGAAGAUCGUCAAUCUCGAUGAUCUCGCCGCCGGUCACAACAAGCGCAAGAUUAUUCAGCAGGCUAUAUUUAAUGAACUCUGCAAAAUGCUGGAUCCAGGGAAACCUUCUUUCGCACCCAAAAAAGGGAAACCAAGUGUUGUCAUGUUUGUUGGUUUACAAGGGUCUGGAAAAACCACAACGUGUACAAAGUAUGCAUAUUAUCAUCAGAAAAAAGGUUGGAAGCCUGCCCUAGUGUGUGCAGAUACAUUUCGAGCUGGUGCAUUUGAUCAGUUGAAGCAGAAUGCCACUAAGGCUAAGAUUCCAUUUUAUGGAAGCUAUAUGGAGUCAGACCCUGUGAAAAUUGCGGUUGAAGGUGUGGAAACGUUCAAAAAGGAGAAUUGUGAUCUUAUAAUUGUUGAUACCAGUGGGCGUCACAAACAAGAAGCUGCUCUUUUUGAAGAAAUGCGUCAAGUUUCUGAAGCAACGAAACCAGAUCUUGUUAUAUUUGUUAUGGAUAGCAGUAUUGGUCAGGCUGCAUUUGAUCAAGCUCAAGCCUUUAGGCAAAGUGUUUCAGUUGGGGCUGUUAUUGUUACAAAAAUGGAUGGUCAUGCAAAGGGAGGUGGAGCUCUUAGUGCUGUUGCUGCAACAAAGAGUCCUGUUAUAUUUAUUGGAACAGGAGAGCACAUGGACGAGUUUGAAGUUUUUGAUGUUAAACCAUUUGUCAGCCGUCUCUUAGGCAUGGGAGACUGGUCUGGAUUUAUGGACAAGAUUCAUGAAGUUGUUCCUAUGGACCAACAGCCAGAGCUUCUACAAAAGCUUUCAGAAGGGAACUUUACGAUGAGGAUUAUGUACGAGCAGUUUCAGAACAUACUUAAAAUGGGUCCAAUUGGCCAGGUAUUCUCAAUGCUUCCUGGAUUUAGUGCUGAAUUAAUGCCAAAGGGCCGUGAAAAGGAAAGCCAGGCAAAGAUCAAGCGUUACAUGUACAUGAUGGACUCAAUGACGAAUGAAGAGUUGGAUAGCACAAAUCCAAAACUCAUGAAUGAAUCACGUAUAAUGCGAAUAGCACGAGGCUCUGGUCGCCAGGUCAGAGAUGUAAUGGACAUGAUGGAAGAGUACAAGCGCCUUGCCAAGAUAUGGAGCAAAAUGAAAGGACUCAAGAUUCCGAAGAAGGGCGACAUGAGUGCACUAUCCCGAAACAUGAAUGCACAGCACAUGAGCAAAGUCCUACCCCCGCAGAUGCUGAAGCAGAUUGGUGGCAUGGGCGGCUUACAAAGCUUGAUGAAGCAAAUGGGUUCUGGUAAAGACAUGAUGGGGAUGUUCGGAGGUGGCGACAAGUAGAUAUUGAUGAAGAAAAUGACAGUUACGGUGGUGAUCUCAAGUUUAUUUCCAAGGAUUUCCCUUUGUCAACCAGAGAGGUUAACAGACGUCUGUCCGCAAGUUGACACUACUCACUAGUUUGCCAGAAGGCCCGGCAUCUAUUAAGAUACUUUUUUUUUUAAUCACGGUUGCAUUAGUUGUAAUCUGAAGGGUCCACAAUGUUUAAAUCUUUUUGUAUGUAUUUGGUUAAAGGAAGGAAAAAAGGUUAGUCGUUUUCGUGAUUGAAAGAAUUGGAAUGAUUUAGAGGCAAUGAAAUUGAACUUCAUCGGUUUA